CGCCGCGAGAUCCCUUAAACUGCCGCGCACCGCCCACCACACAGCUCCCAACGCUCUCCAACGCCACACAGCUCAAUGGCACUCGUCUCCGCCUCCUCGUCCUCCACCACCGCCGUCGCGGCGCUCCCCAGGAAUGGGCAGCAGCGCGCGUCGUCGACGUCCUUCCUCGGCGGCAAGACGCUGCUGAGGCAGGCCACCGAGGCGGCCCGGCCGUCGUUCGCCGUGCGCGCCGCGGCGGACCCCGACAGGCCGAUCUGGUUCCCCGGCAGCACCCCUCCCCCGUGGCUCGACGGCAGCCUUCCGGGCGACUUCGGCUUUGAUCCCUGGGGCCUCGGAUCUGACCCGGAGAGCCUGCGGUGGAACGUGCAGGCGGAGCUGGUGCACUGCCGGUGGGCGAUGCUCGGCGCGGCGGGCAUCUUCAUCCCGGAGUUCCUGACCAAGAUCGGCAUCCUCAACACGCCCUUCUGGUACACCGCCGGCGAGCAGCAGUACUUCACCGACACCACCACCCUCUUCAUCAUCGAGCUCAUCCUCAUCGGCUGGGCCGAGGGCCGCCGCUGGGCUGACAUCAUCAAGCCCGGAAGCGUCAACACUGACCCCAUCUUCCCCAGCAACAAGCUCACCGGCACCGACGUCGGGUACCCUGGUGGCCUGUGGUUUGACCCACUCGGCUGGGGCUCCGGCUCGCCGGAGAAGAUCAAGGAGCUGCGCACCAAGGAGAUCAAGAACGGACGCCUCGCCAUGCUCGCCGUCAUGGGCGCCUGGUUCCAGGCCGAGUACACCGGCACUGGCCCCAUCGACAACCUCUUCGCCCACCUCGCCGACCCCGGCCACGCCACCAUCUUCCAGGCCUUCACCCCUAAAUGAGGUUUAGCAUUAUUGAGGAGUGCUACCGCACAUGCAUUGUUAGGUUGAUGGCCGAUAUGAAACUUCAUUUUUUUGUGGGGGCGGACUGCGGAGUAGACUGUCAAUGAUGAUGGAAUGUUCGUGGUGCGAUGCAUGGUGUACUUGUACUAUGUUGUAAACCAAUGUAAAAAUGGGAUACUCGUUAGAUAAUAUGUCCUCUCUUCACUGAAUCAAUGGCUUGAUGAUGAUGAU